AUGUUUGUACUAUUUAAUACAAUAUGUAGCUCAGAAAUAGCUCCUCUACAAGGUUAUGCAGAGGCACAGCAGAUGCAUCAGGAUGCCUAUAAAGCUGGCCAAAAGCCAGGCUUAGAAGGACUUGGCUACUCCGGGGUUGAGCCUGUACCACAGCCGGGUUUCGAGGAGGCGAGGCAAAAUCUCGCAGGUACUGAAAUAAAUAUGGAGGAUAAUGAGGAGUGGCGAAAUCCUAAUCAACCUUCCAGCAACAUUGGUGAGGGCAGUGCUCUGAUGCUUUCUCCACCGCCGGAUAUAAAUCAGAAUAUCUACGGUACUUUUUAUUAG